GCCGGAAGAUGCGUCCUCGCGUAUGGCGGAAGUGACUGUGCGUGUGACGCCGGCGGCGGGGGACCUGGGGCAGAGAGCGGUUCGCGCGCUUCGGGCCUAGUCCGGACUCGCCGCCGCCGCCGCCAUAUUCCCGUGGCAUCUUUCUUACCUUGUCCAUUUUCCGGGCUCGAGAUCUUCCUUCCGGAGCCAUGUCAGAAGGAGUGGACUUGAUUGAUAUCUAUGCUGACGAGGAGUUCAAUCAGGACCCAGAGUUCAACAAUACAGAUCAGAUUGACCUGUACGAUGACGUGUUGACAGCCACCUCACAGCCCUCAGAUGACAGAAGCAGCAGCACUGAGCCGCCACCUCCUGUUCGCCAGGAGCCAUCUCCCAAGCCCAAUAACAAGACCCCUGCAAUUCUCUACACCUACAGUGGCCUGCGUAAUAGGCGAGCUGCUGUCUAUGUGGGCAGUUUCUCCUGGUGGACCACAGACCAGCAGCUGAUCCAGGUUAUUCGCUCUGUAGGAGUCUAUGAUGUGGUGGAGUUGAAAUUUGCAGAGAAUCGAGCAAAUGGCCAGUCCAAAGGGUAUGCUGAGGUGGUGGUAGCCUCUGAAAACUCUGUCCAUAAGUUGUUGGAACUUCUGCCAGGAAAAGUUCUUAAUGGAGAAAAAGUGGAUGUGAGGCCAGCCACCCGCCAGAACCUGUCACAGUUUGAGGCACAGGCUCGGAAACGUGAGUGCGUCCGAGUCCCAAGAGGGGGAAUACCUCCACGGGCCCACUCCCGAGAUUCUAGUGAUUCUGCUGAUGGACGGGCCACACCCUCUGAGAACCUUGUACCCUCAUCUGCCCGUGUGGAUAAGCCCCCCAGUGUGCUGCCCUACUUCAAUCGCCCUCCUUCAGCCCUUCCCCUGAUGGGUCUGCCCCCACCCCCAAUUCCACCCCCACCACCUCUCUCCUCAAGCUUUGGGGUCCCUCCUCCUCCUCCUGGCAUCCACUACCAGCAUCUCAUGCCCCCUCCUCCUCGAUUACCUCCUCAUCUGACUGUACCUCCCCCUGGGGCCAUCCCACCUGCCCUUCACCUCAAUCCAGCCUUCUUCCCCCCACCAAAUGCCACAGUGGGGCCUCCACCAGAUACUUACAUGAAGGCCUCGGCACCCUAUAACCACCAUGGCAGCCGAGAUUCGGGCCCUCCGCCCUCUACAGUGAGUGAAGCAGAAUUUGAAGAGAUCAUGAAGCGGAACAGAGCAAUUUCCAGCAGUGCCAUUUCCAAAGCUGUAUCUGGAGCCAGUGCAGGGGAUUACAGCGACGCGAUUGAGACGCUGCUCACAGCCAUUGCUGUUAUCAAACAGUCCCGGGUCGCCAAUGAUGAGCGUUGCCGUGUCCUCAUCUCCUCCCUUAAGGACUGUCUUCAUGGCAUUGAAGCCAAGUCUUACAGUGUGGGUGCCAGCGGGAGCUCAUCCAGGAAAAGACAUCGGUCCCGAGAGAGGUCACCAAGCCGGUCCCGGGAAAGCAGCAGGAGGCACCGGGACCUGCUUCAUAAUGAAGAUCGGCAUGAUGAUUAUUUCCAAGAAAGGAACCGAGAGCACGAGAGACACCGGGAUAGAGAACGGGACCGGCACCACUGAGAAAGAGCUCCUCCCGGUUACAGAAGUGCAUACAUUAAAGGUGAGCAUUUAUGUAUAGGCCAUGUGGCCAGUUUGGGUGUUAGUAGAAAUCCUAAGCCUGAAUUCAAUUCCCCCUUUUCCUUUUCGCUGUCAGUUCUAUUUUGUGUGGUAAGAUUGACGAGGCCACCCCCUGCAGAUGGAUGUUACAACGUUGGAAAGAGGGCUGAGUGUACUGGGGACCUUAAGUUAGGUCGAGAUGUGACAAGUGGCUUAACAGUCCUUCACUGCUCAGCAGAAGUUCUUAACCAUGCUUUUAGUUUUCUUGGAUGGUGACUGCUGAUUAUCUUCUUUGACCUCCGUGCUCUGCUUUCUGCUCUGGCCUGACCACAUCACUCCUGCUUGGUGUUAGUAUGCUUCUUGGCCCCUCACCCACACCUGUCAUCUGGGGAGGACUAGAAUCUCUUGAGUGGUGGUACUUGGAACAUCUCUGGCUCUAUGUGUAUGUGUAUGCUUCUUUAAAAGAAGGAAAAAAGUUUAGUUUUCUUGUGUAAGUACAUGCUCCCUGCAAGGGCCUCUUGGGUAUUUGGGGGUUAAUGGAUUUGGUUAUGUACACACUUGUUUUCUUACCAUUGUACUUCCCAUUUCCAGAUUUUUCCCCUUCCCCUUAAGGUAAGCUAUGACUUGCUCAGAAUAGAUUUUCUGAAACAGUAUUUAAACUCACCAUGCUCCCUUAGAGCAACUUUUCUUGAAAUGUAGUAGUUUCCAGCCAAAGUCUCCUUUUCAGUCAAACUGCUUUGAUGCCUCAUUUCAUUGUCUAUGUUUUGCCCCCUAACCUUAAAGUAAAAUGUCACUCCUCUUUCCUCUGUUCUCCUCCAACCAUUCCCUCACUACUCACAGUGCCAAACACUCCCAGACAGUUCUGCUGUCUUUUACUUUCCCAGGCUUGCAUUCUCUCUGUCUGCAUCCCCUACUUCAUACGUUUUAACUUUUGAAAAUGCCAGUAUAAUUUAUAUAAGCCCCUGUUAAUCGGAAAGUAACCUCUAACUUGUAUUUUCUUUCUUCUCUUCUGAUGUUCUCAUUGCAGGAGUCUGGUUGGAAGCAAAUGUUUUUUUAAUGGACUUGCAUCUCCUCACCUUGAUCAGGACUAAAGGACGGAGGCCGCUCCACCCCUUCCCCUUUCUCCAAGCCCCUAACCCCUUCCAGACACCCACAGGGAAUACCCUCUGCCCUGCAAGAUUGAAGAUUGCCUGGCAGCCCUCCCAGUCCCACUCCUGUUUGCCAGGGUAAAGAACCUAAAGACUUCAUGUGGUUGGGAGGGUGGCAGACAGGAAGAAACCAUGUCCAGGUCCCUGGUCUCCAUAGAGAACGGUGCUUUGUCCAAGGAAACGUAUGAGUUUCUGAUUCUCCAGGAGCAGUUCAGUGGUGAGGUUGAUGGGAAGACAUCCUUCCCAAAGGAAACGGAUCCUCCCUGUGGGAUCUAGGAGAGUGACUGGGUGUGCCAAAAUAUGCCCAGGGUCCUGCCCUCAGCACUAGGUUUGAUGGGGCGAAGAGGGUCCAAACCCCUUGCUAACAUACCACUUCUUUAACUCCUUUACCUGCCCAGCCCUUUGAGGAGGGACCAUGAGAACAGAAAUUACUUUAUGGAAAGCUUCUCCUGUUCUUGCUUUUCCCUCUUACUCAUUGACGGUUUGUUUCCCUGACCUCCCAGGGGGCUAAAACCCUUUUAACUCCCUGCUGCCCAGCCUGCUCAGUGGACUUGCCCCUCCUAAGCAGAGAAGGCCCAUGAGGUUGCUUUCUGCUGGGGAGCCUGGCAGAGCCAGUUACCACCCUCUACUGCUUCUUGCUUGGUUCGGUUGCCUCUUGCAAUAACCAGCUCCACUAGAUGUUCCCUUUCCCUGGGGCUUUUCCAUUUCACAUGUGGAGCCCUUCCCCCAAGAAGGCUGCUUCCUUGUUUUAGAGGAAGGUACUGCCAUUGGGAGUCGGGGACAUCGGACCUCAGCAGUGAAGAACCCUUGUGAAAUACUAGGAGUGGGGAAGGAGGCAAGUUGGGCGGGAUAUGGCCUACUUCCAUAGGCUUUUCUUUUUUCAGGUUUGAUGUGAGCAUGGGCUUGCAUCCUCCAGGUACAUACUUUUACUUAUUGUGGGAUAACCCGGCACUAGUAGGUAAAGUCACAAAUUUGGUAUUUUUUCACCUUUUGAAUUUUGACUUAAUAGCUCCCCUCGCUCUGCCUGGAGGUACUUGCUGCCUCUGAUAAGGAGCAAGGAAGAAGUGGAGCCUGACUUUAAUGAGCUCAGCUCAGAAUUCUAAGGACCACCACUCUGGGGGCCAUAUUCUACACAGGCAAAUGGAAUUGCUUUUCCCAUAACAUCCAAAUUGUGAGGCGGCUGCUGCUGAAAGAAGCAGCAGCAACAGGGUCCUGCGGUACCCACGGGGCGACAGAUGCUACUUCUGCACGCGUCUGUAGGGCACGCGACAUCGAACAGGAAACGUGGCACGUGGGAUGUAGGGUCGCUGGAGACCCUUCUGGCUCAGAGGGGAGAGACUGAGCUGGACCGAAGCCUUCCUCUGUUCCUUGCACGUUUCUGACAUAGCCCUCGCUCAGUCACUGAGGGAGUCCCCCAGGGUUGGAGAGGCACAUUCCCUUGGGACAGAGGCUACAGGUUUGUAGCUUUUUUCCCCCUGUCCCCCAACCCCAUCCCCACCUCCACUUCAGAAUAUGGCACCCUGCCCAGCCGGCCAAGCGUUAAGUGAUGUGCUUAUCCUCAAGAGCAGCUCCGGGUGUCUUUUUAAUGUAGAGAAAACCAAGUAAGGUGACAGUUUAAGGAGAAAAAAAUAUAUAGAAUACCAGAAAAGCCGUUUACCCGGAGAAUUUUUUUCUCCCCAUUUUUGUUUUGUUUUUACUUGGUGACACAAUUUUUAGUUUUAUUUCCUGAUAGCAAAAGGAAAAAAACCCAACCCUCAAAAAGGCCAAGGCCCCGUCCCCCUGUUGUUGGUGAUUUGUUUGUCUUUCUGAUAGGUUGAAAAUUGUGUAAUAAACUUGAUGACACUGUCAAUCUUUUAUACUGCAUUGUAUUUUUUUCCUUUUGUAACAAAAUAUUUUUAAAUAAUAAAUGGGGUGUGAGCUGUU